AGUGGCUGCAGCGUGACAUCCUGCUGGAGGAUCCUGGGUUGUAAGUAGGUGAAAGGUGGAGAAGACGACCUGCUGCAAGAACAGAUAUUUGCUGCACUACCUGUGAUCUGUUCCUCACCUGCUCACUCACCUGAGAGCCACCAUGCUGCAGAACACGGGGAAACUAGCCGGCUGCACACUCUUCAUCACCGGAGCGAGCCGAGGCAUCGGUAAAGCCAUUGCUCUGAAAGCUGCAAGAGAUGGAGCCAAUGUCGUGAUCGCUGCCAAGACCGCCGAACCCCACCCCAAACUGCCAGGAACCAUCUACACCGCGGCUCAGGAGGUGGAGGCGGCCGGUGGCAGAGCGUUGCCGUGUGUCGUCGACAUUCGAGAUGAGCAGCAGAUUGGAGAAGCUGUUAGGAAAGCCGUCGACACAUUUGGAGGUAUCGACAUCCUGGUGAACAAUGCCAGCGCCAUCAGUCUGACGGGAACUCUGGAGACGCCGAUGAAAAAGGUCGACUUGAUGCUUGGAAUCAACCUGAGAGGAACAUACCUGACGUCGAAGCUGGUCAUCCCUCACUUGCUGAAGAGUCGCAGUCCUCACAUCCUGAACCUGUCGCCGCCGCUCAACCUGAAUCCCGUCUGGUUCAAGAACCACACAGCAUACACAAUGGCUAAGUACGGCAUGUCCAUGUGCGUCCUGGGAAUGGCUGAAGAGUUCAGAGGUCAAAUUGCUGUCAACGCCCUCUGGCCCAAAACUGCAAUCCAGACAGCUGCCAUGGACAUGUUGGGCGGAUCAGACAUCGGGAAACAGUGUCGUACAGCUGACAUCAUUGCGGACGCCGCCUAUGUCAUCCUCUCCCAGCCAAAGAACUACACGGGUCAUUUCCUGGUGGACGAGGACGUCCUCAAACAGGAGGGACUCAAAGACUUUGAUCAGUAUGCCGUCCAACCAGGUCACCCCCUGCUGCCAGACUUCUUCCUUGAUGAAGCACCAGAGUCACUGGCUCAGCAGAUGGAGCAACACGGGGCAACCCCAGCCUUCAAAGCACCAUCAUCAUCUUCAGCCACACUUGCAUCCGGUGGACCAAUAGAAAGCACAUUUGACGUCAUCAAAGGGGUCAUCAAUGAAGACGUUGUCAAGGCAACACAAGGCAUCUACCAGUUUGACCUGUCAGGUGAACACAGUGGCGUUUGGUUCCUGGAUUUGAAGAGCGGCUCCGGCAGCGCGGGGCAGGGCCAGCCGCCCGUCAAACCGGAUGUUGUCAUGACAAUGGACUCAAGCGACUUUAGCAAGAUGUUUUCAGGGAACCUGAAGCCCACGUUGGCCUUCAUGUCGGGGAAGCUGCGGAUCAAAGGCGACAUGACGCUCGCCAUCAAACUUGACAAACUGAUGGGUCGCAUGAACAAGGCCAAGCUGUGAUGCUGGGGCCCCGCCCUUUUGCCCACCAGGCCCCACCCCCUCAGUGCCUGUGGCUGUACUUCCUGCCUUAAUCAUAAAAACACACUGAGACAUGAAUAAAUCUCCAGAGUUGACAGACGGAUUGUGGAGUCAGUAUUUUUAAUUAUCAAAAGUCUGUGUGACCAGUGUGUCUUACUGUUGAAUUUAUCAAUUUAACAAGGUAAAGUUAACUAACCGGGUUAACUCAGUGUUUGCUGUUAGCUUAGAGAUGCUGCUUCUUGUUGGAAAAUUAUUUCAACAGUCUAAAAGAGUUCAGUGUCAGUCAUCCAGUUUAUUGGUCAGAAUCACAGUCAGCCCGGAUAGAGCUGAUUUGUUCAAUUAUGGAAAAGCUUACUGCGUCUGGACUUUGACUGUGGAGACUGAAACACUGAGCUCCACCGCUGUUACCAGAAGGCAUCUAAAACCAGUGAAUAACCUGCAAAAAUAGAUGAUUUUUAGUGAAAUUUUAUCUUCUUUUGGCUGGAAAUGACAUGAAUAAGUCAGACAUUUUGUUAGAGAUUUUCAGGAUGAAUUUAACUGUUUGUUUUGUUUUCACACAGAAGUAAUCUGUUGCUCUAUUAAACUAGAAAUCCUGAAAAGCAGUAAAUAUGAACAUUAA